CAUGCCGGUUGGGUCGUUAUUUUCAAGUAGUGUUCGGCGAUGUUUUUGUACAUCUUUCGGGCGUUUUUCUUUGUUUAAAUCAAAUCUUGAGUUGGUGACAAGGAGGCGUUUGCAUACGAGUGUCCAACAUCGAGCUAUUAAUUGGAUUGUUUUAAACGAUGAUGGUUAUCAAAGUCCACACAGUGCUUUUUAUAUAGUAUUGCCAAAUGUACCAGAUGAGAACCCGCAAAAUAAUGUAUUGCUAGAAAGUUUAGAAUCUAAUAGUGAUUGGCCUCCAAUUUCUACAGGAUUGCCUGAUGAAUUUUAUCAAGGAACUGUUAAAUAUAUUCUUGAGAUGAGUGCAACUCUAGCUGAACAUGUGGAUUUUCUAGAAGAAGAAUUAAAACAAAAAGAUGCUUUAUUUACUUUUGACAAAGUUUUAUCUCCAUUACUCAAAGAUGAAGGAAAUGGUUAUUUUGCUCUCUCCUCUGUUCAAUUAAAGAUGUUAACAGAUUGGCCUGAAUGUAGUCUUACCGAUUGGAAAAAGGAUUUUGAGGCAAUUGAAAGAUUGUUAGUUAAUGAAAUGUCUGAUAGAGCUCAGCAUCAGAUUAUUGUUGAUUCUGUUAGGAGAAUACCAGAAUCAGAGCUGGCUAAAAUUAAUCCUUGGCAACGGCGUUUAGUAGAACUAUUGAAACUUGAAUGGGACAUGAUUGGACUUCAACCAGAUCCAAGAAAUAAUAACUUCCACGCAAAAGAACAAAAUUGGACGAAAGGGCUUCUUCAUGAGGCUAAAACUCAUGGAAAGAGAUAUUUAACAAGUCUUUUACUUGAUCCAAGAUACGCAAAUGUUCAAGUUAUGAUAAAAGAUCGAAAUCAACUUAAAUAUGUUCCUCUCAAAAUCUUAAAAAAGCUUUCUGUUGGAAAUGAUCCAGAAAAGGGUCCAUGGAAAGCAAGUACAGAUGAUUCUUCAAUGUUCGAUUUAUUAAAAUAUUCAAAUGCUCGAGAACAGAAGAAAGAACUAUGGGAUUCUUGGAUUGCUAGAUCGUCUUUUGCUUCCAAUGAUCAUCUUUUUAAUAAUUCAUUAACUAUUGAAGAAUUACGAAGUAUUUAUGAACGACUUUCACAACAUAUUGGCUUUCGAUCAACUGCUCAUCACCAACUUUCUACAAAAAUGAUUGGAAAUCCAGAAACUUUGAGGGAUUUUAUUGCUGGUCUUUACCAUCGUUUACGUCCAGUACUUAUCGAACGUUAUGAACAAUGGUGUCAAUAUGCAGAAAAAGAAGAGGGUAUAGAAACCUUUGGACAGUUACGUACUUGUGAUCUUUUUUAUAUUUGUAGAAGAGAAGCUGAACAUUUUCAUGGUGUUGAUACUCUAGAUUUAAUGAAUCAUUUUCCUGCUUGGCCAACUUUUGAGAAAAUUUUGACUGUUGUUCAAUUUGUUCUUGGCAUUGAAUUUAAGGAGAUAUUAGAUGAUUCCUUAGAACGGUGUCAUCCUUCUGUACGAAUAUAUGAAGUUACAGACAAAACAACCAAUGAAUAUCUUGGUCGUUUUUAUCUUGAUGCUUUUGCUAGAGACGGAAAAGUUGAUAAAGGGUGGAUUGCUAAUAUAUGGAGAUUAAAAGAUGAAAAUAAAGGAUUGGAUAAAUUAGUUUGGUUGGUUGGAAAUAUUAAAGAAGAGGAUGAAGUGUUACAUUAUGAAGAAUUAGAAGAUCUUCUUGAAAAUGUAGGCAUUCUUGUCCAUGCUUUGUUAACUCGUUCUCCUUACAUGCAUUUAUCUAGACCACACGCAAUGUACAGUCAAGAAUGGGAUGCUAGAGAUUUUUUAAAAAUAUUUUUAAAAUUUUUUAUUUCCAAACCUGAAUUGAUUCUUUCAAUGAGUAGUCCACAUUUGAAAAAUGGUCAUCUUUUAACUUUACAAAAAGCUCAAGACAUUUCCCUAGCAUUGGCAAGAGGAAAAUUUUGGGAUACUUGGAGAACUUUGUUCUGGGCAGAUUAUGACCUUUCAUUAUUUGAACUGGAAAAAUUUCAGUUAGAAAAAAAUUUUUUUUUUAUUUUUAAAUUAAAAAAAUUUUUUAGAGAUAAAUAUUAUUUGGAUCUUUACAAAGAAAUUUAUGCUGAAUAUUUUCCAUUCCCUAUUGAACAUAACAACUUCCAUCCAUGCUCUUUUAUACCUAUUUUUGUGCCACAUUCAAAUGCUUGUAUGUAUUACAGAAAAUUGUGGUGUGAGGCAUUAGCAUUAGAUGUACAUCAAACUUUUGAUAAUGAAGGGAACAAUUUAUCAACGGCAAAUAGAUUAAAACAAGUUUGGCUAAAUAAUGGUUCUUUAAAAUCCCAAUGGGAAAUGUAUACACAAUUUCAGGGACGCGAACCAAAUAUAUUGGCUAUCAGUAAUUUUUAUGACCCAAUUUUAAGUCCUUUAAUUAAUGAAGAAAAGAAGUAUGCUUUAGGUUGUUGA